UCUCGAUGGAGGGAGAGAAGACUGAGGUGAAUAAAACCAUAUAAAAUUGGUUUUUAAAAGUACUAAAAGUUGUUCCACUAGGACAAAAGUUACACAAGGAAAGAGAUUUACUUCACUUUUUAAGCCAUUCAGGUCUGAUCCUGUAGAUGCUGAAGAAACAAUCUUAAAUGAUACAAUCUUCAAUGAAGUCUCUAUCACACCAGUUCAUCUAUAAAUACUGUGAAGAAGUCAAACAAGCAGCUGCUGUCACAACACAUUCAACUACUCUACUAUUCUGAUCCACUGUUGUAAUGAUGGAGUGUGUUAAAGAGGAGACUGAUCCUGAAUCAUUCACAAUAACACCUCAACAUACUUAUCAACAAAGAGGUUUGUCUCUUAUCUUAAUGACUGAUAAAGAGCAUCUUAAGGAACAUACAAUAAGUCACACUGAUGAGACGACCUUUGACUGCCCUGAGUGUGAUAAAUGUUUUAAACAGAAAAAAAAUCUUAAUGCUCACAUUAAGACUCACACUACUGAAAGGCCCUACAGCUGCCCUCAAUGUGGAAAGACUUACAGAUUUAAAGGACACCUUAAGGAACAUUUAGUAAGUCAUACUGGUGAGAGGCCUUUCACCUGCCCUCACUGUCAAAAGGGUUUUUCAUUUAAAGGAAAACUUAAUGUUCACUUAAAGACUCACCCUGGAGAAAGCACAUACAAAUGUAAAGAGUCCCUGAAAGAACAUAAAACAAAUCACAUUGACCACAAGCUUUUCACUUGCUCUCAAUGUGAAAAGAGUUUUACAAAAAUGGGAGCCCUUAAUGUUCACAUGAGGUGUCACAGUAGUGAUAAGCCUUACACCUGUCCUCAUUGUGGAAAGAGUUUCAUAAUAAAAGCACAUUUAGACAGUCACAUACGCGUUCACACUGGAGAGAAACCUUACAGGUGCCCUCAGUGUGACAAGAGUUUUAAACAACGAGGACAUCUUGAGUAUCACAUACGAAUUCAUACUGGAGAGAAACCUUUUAAGUGCACUCAGUGUGACAAGAGUUUUAAACAACGUGCACAUCUUCUGUCUCACAUACUACUUCAUACAGAUGGUGAUAGUUAAUUUAUUUUCUUGCAUUUCAAUAAUUGGAACACAAAUAAAAGGGACUUUUAUAUUGCUUCUUGAAGACUGCCGUGCAGUGACGUCAUAAGGAGUGCGCGGCUCUUGUCUCUCGGUGGAGGGAGAGAAGAUUGAGGUGAAUAAAACUAUAUAAAUAUGGCUUGAUAUUUUAAUCAAAUGUGCUCCAGAAGCCUUAAUAUCAUUAAAACAAUGUUAAAUAAUAUUACAGUGAUACUUGAAGUAAUUAUACACUUUAUUGUAUUUCUAAAGUAGCUGAUGAACGUUGUUUCACUAGGACUCUUUCCUUGUCAAUAAGUUAGACAAGGAAAGAGAUUUACUUCAUUUUUUAAGCCAUUCAUUCAGGUAGAUGCUGAAGAAACAAUUUUAAAUAACACAAUCUUCAGUGAAGUCACUAUCACAUCAGUUCAUCUAUAAAUACUGUGAAGAAGUCAAACAAGCAGCUGCUGUCACAACACACUCAACUACUCUACUAUUCUGAUCCACUGUUGUAAUGAUGGAGUGUGUUAAAGAGGAGACUGAUCCUGAAUCAUUCACAAUAACACCUCAACAUACUCAACAACAAAGAGGUUUGUGUAUAAUCUCAAUGACUGAGAAAGAGCAUAUUACGAAACAUACAGCAAGUCACACUGAUGAGAGGACCUUUGCCUGCCCUCAGUGUGAUAAAUGUUUUAAACGGAAACAAAAUCUUAAUAUUCACAUUAAGACUCACUCUACUGAAAGGCCCUACAGCUGCCCUCAAUGUGAAAAGACUUACAGAUAUCGUUGGCACCUUACGGAACAUUUAGUGAGACACACUUGUGAGAGGCCCUAUAUCUGCCCUCAGUGUGAUAAGCGUUUUUCAUUUAAAAAAAGUCUUUAUGUUCACUUAAAAACUCACACUGGAGAAAAGACAAACAUCUGCCAUCUGUGUAAAAAGACUUACAAAUCUAAAGAGUCCCUUAAAGAACAUAGAAGUCACACUGACCACAAGCCGUUAUCUUGCCCUCAAUGUGGGAAGAGUUUUACACAAAGAGGACACUUUAAUAGUCACAUGAGGAUUCACAGUGGUGAUGGACCUCACAACUGUCCUCAUUGUGGGAGGAGUUUCACAUCAAAAGCCCAUCUGCAGGAUCACAUUCGCGUUCACACUGGAGAGAAACCUUUCAAGUGCCCUCAGUGUGACAAGAGUUUUAAACAACGUGUACAUCUUCUAUCUCACAUAAGACUUCAUACAGGUGAGAAGCCUUACUCGUGCCAUGUAUGUAAUAAGCCUUACACACAGAUACAAGGUCUCAAAUAUCAUCUGCUUGCUGUCCAUUCUGAAAAAAAAAACUAAAAGUGCUCAAACCCAAGUGACUGUAUACUGGAGAGAAGCUGCACCGCUGUCAUUCAUGUUGGAGAAGUUUCAGACGAUCACACAGCUGCAAGCACCUAAUGUGAAAUGCAGAGAAACCUCACGAUUGAAUUACUCCAAAAUAUAUUAAUUUUAAUGCAUUACAUGAAGUGUUCUUAUUCAGAACCAGUUCUGUUUUUUAAAAGCAACCGGAACCGUGCAGAAUAUAUUUUGGUUGUAAAAGUGGUUCUGAUGGGAUGCACGGGCAAAGCACUGGGAGGGGUUACUUUAAAUAGCCAUCUCUUACCUCAUGAAUAUUAAUUAAGUUAAGCCACAGUUUACAGUCCCACAACCAAAUUAAUGCAGUUUCCACAGAUAACACUAGCGCUGCUGAGGUACAGUUUGUAUAAUUCGGGUUUAACAUGUCUAAAAGAAAGUCAAAAGUGAGGAUUCAUUUCCAAAGGUAAAACAAUAAGGCAAAGUGUAACGUGGAAAAAAUUUAAUCUGCUAAGUUGUAAUACUGAAUGUAAAAUUUGAUGUUGAUAUGAAUUUAAAUACUCUGUUUUG